AAAUUGGUCUUGGUCCGUUUCCUCUCAAUAAUUUAUUAAAUGAAGCCGUAGACGCCACGUGGCCAGUAACAAUAGAAUACGGGAGACUCCUCGGAGGUCGAGGUCAGCCGGAGGUGGACCCGUGGGGCUUCCUCUUUCCUCUUGAGCCGAUGGUGUGGGCGGCCAUCCUUGCGGCGCUGCUGGUGCUGCCUCUGGCUAUGUGUCUUAUGUCCUCAUGCUUUUCCCUUAAGACUCCGGCAGAAUGGAUGGACGACACAUUCAACUUGGUAUCAUUAAUUUCAAAUCAAGGCAUUAUGGUUCAGAAUAACUGGUGGUGGGAGCGGGUGGUGAUGGCGGUGUGGGGGCUGGUGACGGUGGUGUUGACGCAGAGCUACGCCGGCAACCUCAUGGCACUCUUGGCUGUCAGACACAUCCCUCAGCCCAUCCAGUCCCUCGAGGAAAUUGUGAACGACCACUCUGUAGCAUUGCUGACUACACAGGCUAGAAUAUUUCGAGUUGUUGCUGAUCUCCAGAAAGAGAAUCGUCUUAAAUUCAUCAAGACAACAGAGUUUGUUCGGAGUAUCAACACACUUGUUAGGAAUGGUCAUCACAUACUUAUAUCAGAAGAGGUUGUGGAAAGAGCUUUGAUGGCCCGAGAUUUUUCACAGAAAGGUCUGCUUAACAGACACAAUGUAGCAUAUGGAGAGGACUAUCCUUCAGAAGUUCUCAAUAAAAUGAGGAAUGCUUGGAGAAUUGCAGCGGAGGCUUCAAGAAAAGCAUGGGGUAGAUAUACUCACUAUUAUGACAGGAAUGUACGACCUCUAGAAUUGAAGGAGGGCAGCCUUGUCUGGAGAAUCAGUGAAGCUGCUCCCGUCAAUCAGAGUAGGAAACUAGCUCCUAGAUGGCGGGAACCAUACAGAGUGAUCAAGAAAGCAGGCCCUAGGACCUCGUCGGCUGUUCUGGCUUUUACGGUUCCAGUGGACCACAUGUUGCAUGGUGAUGCCCUAGUGAAUGUUCUACGUGUGCAGUUGUCGGAAUUGGUGGGCAUCCAGCUGCUUCAGGGAAAUCGAGCUGUGGUCAAGUUUCACAAUCAGCCUGCCUUUUAG